CUGUGAUUGGUUUCUUUUUUCUUGUUUACCUUUUUAAAGUUGCAAACAUGUUUUUGUGUUAAUUUAUUACGAAAAUUAUUUUAAAGUUUCUUUAAAUUUCUAUCUAAUUUUUCCUCCAUUGAAUUGCUGUAAAUCACACUUCAUUCUGAUUGACUCAACCUUGUAGUUUAACCAGAAAUUGACAAGGACAAUUACAGAUGAAGGAAUACAACCUGAUGAAUUGGGGGAACGAUUCAAGUUAAUUGCUUUUACUUCUUGUGCAUCAUAAAUAUCAGUGAAUGGUGAGGAGAAGAUCAAUUGGCUGAUGAGAGGAAUUGACAAGGUUGAAAGAUGAGUACCAGUUAAAAAAUAAAAGAACCAGAGAAACAAAAUAUGAAGAAAAAGAAGCCAAGUUGGAUGAAAAGAAAGCUGGAGAUUGCUUAAACCAUGGUGGCUAGAAAGAGGCCAGAAAAAGGAGACAUUAUAUGAUUGAAUGAGAAAGAAGGAAAUUCUGUUUUCAGUGAUCAUUGAAGUACCAAUGAAAAAAAGUAAUGCUGAAUACAAUUGAAUAAAUAUGUUUAUUCUGGUUCUUUGUCACCAUUUGUUAUCUCACAUCACCCUCUCAUCGUUGCAGUUAUCAUCAUCUCCAUCAUCUCCAUCAUCCCUAUCUUCACAUUCAACUUCCUAUCUCUCCUUUUCCCAUCAACAUUACAUGUAAUUCUGUUUAUUUGUUUAUUGAAAAAGGUGAACCUUACUUGACUGUUACUAUUUUCAUGGUUAAAUACUUCAACCAAUCAUCUACUAAACCACUUCAAUAUAUUUCAAUAAGUUUAUUUUUCUUUUUAAGCUCACUCAUUUAUAUUGCAUCAAUUAUAUUUCCAGUUGAUUAAGUGACGCAUACUUGUUAAAUGAAGCUCCUAUUUUUCCCUAUGGAUGGGUAUGUUUACCAAAAUAUUGAACAUCUUUCGUUCCUAUUGUGUUGUUUGUUUUCCUUUGGUUAGCUCCAUGGACAUGUUAAUUCAUGUCUUGGAUUGGCUCGAAUGUUACGUGAUUUUGGCCAUGAGUCCGUGUUUGCUGUCCCUAAAAAUUGGUCAGUUCUAAUUACUGGUCAUAAAUUUCCAUUGGAGUUCAUUGCGGACCCAGAAAAUGCAAAUUCAUCUCAAGAUCCUUUGUAUCGAUGGGCUGAGGUGGUACGUGCCUGUGCUCCUUCAUUUGCCAAAACACCUUCAGAGCAAAUUGUCGAUCUUUAUGCAAAUGAUACAAAAGAGUUUGUCGAUUACGUGAAAAGGAUUGAUGACCAAGUUACUUCGGUAAUAGAAAAGGUUGACCCCGACCUGAUUGUGAUUGAUUUUUAUGUUACUGUUCCUGCUGUUAUAAAAUCAGGUAAACCCUGGCUAUUGCUUUAUUCUGCCAACCCAUUAUUUGCCUAUGAUGCACCCAACACUCCACCAAGAUACUCAGGACUUGGAGCAACUGAUGAUCCAAAGCUGUUUCAAGAGUUUCGUGCACUUGUUAAACGUGAAAUAGUCGAGUUGAAAACUGACUUUGAUGCUUAUUUGAAGACCAAAGGAGUUGAACCUCAUCCAAUUGAUUUGGUUGCUAUCUCACCAUACCUCAACCUUUAUUCAUACCCAGAAGACUUGGACUAUACAGAGUUGCCAAAGCCUGAAAAAUGGUUCAGAGUUGAUCAUAUGGUUCGUGAAGCUGAAGAAGACGCAACAGAUUUUGAUGAAUCCUUUUUCAAAACAGAUGAUAAAGUCAUCCUUUUCAGUUUAGGAUCCAUGGGAAGUGCUGAUGUUACUCUGAUGAAAAAGCUACUUGCUAUUAUGAGUGCCUCAAAACAUCGCUUCAUUGUUUCAAAAGGACCUUAUCACAAUGAAAUACAAUUAUAUGACAACAUGAUUGGUGGUAAAUAUUUACCACAGAUAAAAAUCCUUCCUAAAGUUGAUCUGGUUAUAACCCAUGGUGGCAACAAUACAUUCAUUGAAUCUCUCUAUUUUGGUAAACCGUGCAUUGUAUUACCUUUAUUUGGUGACCAGCAUGAUAAUGCUCGAAGAGCAGUUGACAAAAAGAUUGGUAAAGCGUUUUCUCCAUAUCAUGUCACAGAUAAAGAAUUGCUUGGUGGAAUUGAUGAUAUCCUGAAUGACAAAGAAAUGAUUCAAAGAGUACAAGACAUUGGAGAAAAAAUUCGAAGUACAAAAACCCAUGCAAAAUUAAGUGAACAUUUAGUAAAGAUGGUUCAAGAAUUGAAAGCAAAUUGAUCGAUCAAAAUGACCGUUCGAUAAACUUUCUUUUGAUAUAGAUUUAAUUUUUUGCUUAUUUUUAUUGUGAAUUGUGAGGCAACCUAUGAAAAAAUCGAAUUCAUUCGUAUUGCGCUUCAUGUUGUUGUGUUAAGCCAACGUAUUAACCGGUCCAGUAAUUGUAUACGAAAUUAUCAUUUUUUGUAAUUUGUUCACUAUAUGGAUAUGAUGUUAUAAAUCAUUAUAGAAAUUGUCUUUAUCUAGACGAAUAUGUUGUAAUAUUUCAUUUACUUAUUGAAUAAACGAUGUUAAUGUGAAUGUCUUAAAA